GCCUGGCCGCAGCCAAUAGGAAGGCAGCGCGGGCUCGGGCGCAGGGAGCCGCCGCCAGGGCUGUAGACUUUCAGGCCAUGUCCGACUCGCAGGUCCCGAACUCCGCCGCAGGCCAGGACCCAGAGGGCCGCCGGAGGUCCUGGGCCGAGCUGCUGGCGGGAAGGGUCAAGAGGCAAAAAUAUAAUCCUGAAAGGGCACAGAAAUUAAAGGAAUCGGCUGUGCGUCUCCUGCGAAGCCAUCAGGACCUGAAUGCCCUUUUGCUUGAGGUAGAAGGUCCACCGUGUAAAAAAUUGUCUCUCAGCAAAGUGAUUGACUGUGACAGUUCUGAGGCCUAUGCUAAUCAUUCUAGUUCAUUUAUAGGCUCUGCUUUGCAGGAUCAAGCCUCAAGGCUGGGGGUUCCCGUGGGUAUUCUCUCAGCUGGGAUGGUUGCCUCUAGCGUGGGACAGAUCUGCACGGCUCCAGCGGAGACCAGUCACCCUGUGCUGCUGACUGUGGAGCAGAGAAAGAAGCUGUCUUCCCUGUUAGAGUUUGCUCGGUAUUUAUUGGCGCACAGUAUGUUCUCCCGUCUUUCCUUCUGUCAAGAAUUAUGGAAGAUACAGAAUUCUUUGUUGCUUGAAGCGGUGUGGCAUCUUCAUGUACAAGGCAUUGUGAGCCUGCAAGAGCUGCUGGAAAGCCACCCCGACAUGCAUGCUGUGGGAGCAUGGCUCUUCAGGAAUCUGUGCCGCCUUUGUGAACAGAUAGAAGCAUCCUGCCAGCAUGCCGACAUCACCAGGGCCAUGCUUUCUGAUUUUGUGCAAAUGUUUGUUUUGAGGGGAUUUCAGAAAAAUUCAGAUCUGAGAAGAACUGUGGAGCCUGAAAAAAUGCCGCAGGUCGCGGUUGAUGUACUGCAGAGAAUGCUGAUUUUUGCACUUGACGCUUUGGCUGCUGGAGUACAGGAGGAGUCUUCCACUCACAAGACCGUGAGGUGCUGGUUCGGAGUGUUCGGUGGACAGACGCUUGGCAGUGUAAUUUCCACAGGUCCUCUGAAGAGGUUCUUCAGUCACACCCUGACUCAGAUACUCACUCACAGCCCUGUGCUGAAAGCAUCUGAUGCUGUUCAGAUGCAGAGAGAGUGGACCUUUGCGCGGACACACCCUCUGCUCACCGCACUGUACCGCAGGCUCUUUGUGAUGCUGAGUCCAGAGGAGUUGGUUGGCCAUUUGCAAGAAGUUCUGGAAACGCAGGAGGUUCACUGGCAGCGAGUGCUCUCCUUUGUGUCUGCACUCGUUGUCUGCUUCCCAGAAGCGCAGCAGCUGCUUGAAGACUGGGUGGCGCGUUUGAUGGCCCAGGCAUUCGAGAGCUGCCAGCUGGACAGCAUGGUCACUGCGUUCCUGGUUGUGCGCCAGGCAGCACUGGAGGGCCCCUCUGCGUUCCUGUCUUAUGCAGACUGGUUCAAGGCCUCCUUUGGGAGCAUGCGAGGCUACCAUGGCUGCAGCAAGAAGGCACUGGUCUUCCUGUUUACAUUCUUGUCAGACCUCGUGCCUUUUGAGUCUCCCCGGUACCUGCAGGUGCACAUUCUCCACCCACCCCUGGUUCCCAGCAAGUACCGCUCCCUCCUCACAGACUACAUCUCACUGGCCAAGACGAGGCUGGCCGACCUCAAGGUUUCUAUAGAAAACAUGGGUCUCUACGAGGAUUUGUCAUCAUCUGGGGACAUUACUGAGCCCCACAGCCAAGCUCUUCAGGAUGUUGAAAAGGCCGUCAUGGUGUUUGAGCAUACGGGGAAAAUCCCAAUCACCGUCAUGGAGGCCAGCAUAUUCAGGAGGCCUUACUACGUGUCCCACUUCCUCCCUGCCCUGCUCACACCUAGAGUGCUCCCCAAAGUCCCUGACUCCCAUGUGGCGUUUAUAGAGUCUCUGAGGAGAGCGGAUAAAAUCCCCCCAUCUCUGUACUCCACCUACUGCCAGGCCUGCUCUGCUGCUGAAGAGAAGCCGGAAGAUGCAGCCCUGGGAGUGAGGGCAGAACCCAGCUCUGCUGAGGAGCCCCUGGGACAGCUCACGGCUGCACUGGGAGAGCUGAGAGCCUCCAUGACAGACCCCAGCCAGCAUGAUGUUAUAUCAACACAGGUGGCAGUGAUUUCUGAAAGACUGAGGGCGGUCCUGGGCCACAGUGAGGAUGACAGCAGCAUUGAGAUAUCAAAGAUUCAGCUCAGCAUCAACACACCAAGACUGGAGCCACAGGAACACACGGCUGUGGACCUCCUGCUGACGUCCUUCUGUCAGAACCUGAUGGCAGCCUCCAGUGUGGCUCCCCCGGAGAGGCAGGGCCCCUGGGCUACCCUCUUCAUGAGGACCAUGUGUGGACGUGUGCUCCCUGCAGUGCUCACCCGGCUCUGCCAGCUACUCCGUCACCAGGGCCCGAGCCUGAGUGCCCCACAUGUGCUGGGGUUGGCUGCCCUGGCCGUGCACCUGGGUGAGUCCAGGUCUGUGUUCCCGGAGGUGGUUGUGGGUCCUCCUGCACCGGAUGCUGCCCUUCCUGUCCCUGCGCUCUUCGACAGCCUCCUGACCUGUAGGACGAGGGACUCGUUGCUAUUCUGCCUGAAAUUUUGUACAGCGGCAAUUUCUUACUCUCUGUGCAAGUUUUCUUCCCAGUCACGAGAUAUUUUGUGCAGCUGCUUAUCUCCAGGCCUUAUUAAAAAGUUUCAGUUCCUUGUGUUCAGAUUGUUCUCAGAGGCCCGACAGCCUCUUUCUCGGGAGGACGCAGCCAGCCUUUCCUGGAGACCUUUGUAUCUUCCUUCUGCAGACUGGCAGAGAGCUGCCCUCUCUCUCUGGACACACAGAACCUUCCGAGAGCUGUUGAAAGAGGAAAAUAUUCACUUAACUUACCAAGACUGGUUACACCUGGAGCUGGAAAUUCAACCUGAAGCUGAUGCUCUUUCAGAUACUCAACGGCAGGACUUCCACCAGUGGGCGAUCCAUGAGCACUUUCUCCCUGAGUCCUCGGCUUCAGGGGGCUGUGAUGGAGACCUGGAGGCUGCGUGUACCAUUCUUGUCAAUGCACUGAUGGAUUUCCAACAAAGACUUGUCAGAAGCAACAACUUUGGGCUGGCUGUGGUGGCUAAUACCUGUAAUCCCAGCACUUUGGGAGGCUGAGGUGGGUGGAUCACCUAAGAUCAAGAGUUCGAGACUCAGCCUGGCCAACAUGGUGAAACCUCCCUCUCUACUAAAAAUACAAAAAUUAGCUGAGUGUGGUGGCGGGCACCUAUAAUCCCGGCUACUUGGGAGGCUGAGGCAGGAGGAUUGCUUGAACCCUGGAGGCAGAGGUUGCAGUGAGCCAACUGGGCGACAGAGCAAGACUCCGUCUCAAAAGAAAAAAAUAGCAACAAUGUUGUUUUUCUGUUCUGUCACCUGGUAUUCAAGGUGAGCAAGUGUGAAGCAUGACACAAAUGGCCUAGCAGAUACUGGGCAUCACAGCCUUUCUCCAUCUGAGAGGGAUUCUCAGGACAGAGCAGUUCCUGAGGUGUUGCGUGUGGGCCAGAAGGAUGGAAGGAGUGUACCUGGGGCUGUCCAGGCUUUGUCCCCCGGGGGUCUUGUGUGCAGCUCCACAGUAUUGUGUUAUAGCUGCAGCAUUUGGUACAGAUGGCAAGUGUUUAUGCAACGUCCCUCCGUGUCCCUGCCUGUGGCAACCACGAAUCCAUUUUCUGUUGGUGGAUUUGCCUGUUUUGGAUGUUUAAUAUCAACAGAAGCACGUAGUUUGUGGCCCUUUGUGUCUGGCAUCCUUGGCUGAGCAGAAUGUUUCUGAGGCUCAUCUGUGUUGUAGCACAUAUCAGCAUACCCUUCCUUCUUAUGGCUGACUGAUGCUCACAGAAGGUAUGGAGGCUGACUGACGCACCUCCAUCGUGGGUGACUUCUUGUUAACACUACUCCAAGAAUGCCUCCUGAGAUUUCCCAUUUAUCUGCUGUUACCUUAAAUCCCACUCUUAGGUCAAAACAAUCUUGAGGCCGGGCGCAGUGGCUCAUGCCUGUAAUCUCAGCACUGGGGGGCCAAGGCAGGCAGAUCAUCUGAGCUCAGGAGCUCGGGACCAGCCUGGUGAAACCCUGUCUCGACAAAAAAAAAUUAGCGGGGCAUGGUAGUGCGUGCCUAUGGUCCCAGCUACUCGUGAGGCUGAGGUGGGAUUGCUUGAGCCAGGGAGGCAGAGGUUGCAGUGAGCUGUGAUAACACCACUACAUUCCAGCCUGGGUGACAGAGUGAGACUCCAUCUCAAAAGAAAAAAACAAAUCUUCCACCGUAAAUCCGGCGGUUAGAUUCACAGAGCAUUCUUGCCUUUCCCUGAGGGGUUGACGUCAACACUCCUUCCCUGUGGUGUAGAAGCCCUGCCUGGGGGUAACAGUGCAGGGCUGCAUUGUCUCUCUAGGCUGCCUGAGACAAGGCGUCUGUCUGGAAGGCCUUAAACGUUUCUGUCUGAGAAACUGUAUUGUUCAGCCUCUUUCUUCAGCCUUCCAGCUUCCCCAACCUUUAUGGGUAGGUUUGCACAGAGCUGCUCACUGCGGAACGGAAGGAUCAGCCAUAUUUUGUUUAUCCAUUCACUUUGUUUGUUUGUUUUUUGAGACAGAGUCUUACUUUGUGUUAUUUAUGUUUAUUUUGAAAGCGGGUCUUACUUUGUCACCCAGGCUGGGGUACAGUGGCAAGAUCUCAGCCCACUGCAGCCUUGACCUCCUGGGCUGAAGUGUCCUCCUGCUUCAGCCCCUCAAGUAGCUGGGACUACAGGCAGGACCACACCUGG